AUGGAUCUCUCUAACAUCUUCCGGAUCAUCAACAUCGCCGUCGGCGUGAUCAUGGUGUUGGGCGGAAUCGCCCAAUUCUUCCCUCCGUCCUUGGGCUCCAUCAUCGUAGGAGCUUAUGUGAUUAUCUUCGGACUCCUGAUCGGUGGGCUGGAAUUCCUGCCCAACGUCCCUGACUAUGUCUACCGCUAUGCGUCCUUCCUGUUCUCGUUCCUUGGCCGAGGUGUUUUCUACAUCUUCGUCGGAUCGAUUCUCCUGCACGACCACGUGUUGCGGUACAUUGCCGGUUCCAUCGUCGGAUUCAUCGGUGUCGGUUACCUUGCUCUGGAAUUCGUUCCCUCCAUCGAGCCUCCCUCGAACAUGCGCGAGACCGACCAGGCCUGGGGUGCUGAGCAGAUCUAA